AUGGGAUGCACGGUCGGUGACGUGUGGGCCCGUAGCCGGUUUCCUGAGGUGGCCAGCUUGAUGCUGCUUCAAGGUGAGGGCCGUGAACGGCCAGUCAUGGACGAGGAAUGCUCUGCCCGGCCCUGUGCCACUGACUUUUCUAUUGCGGCUAUUAUGGCCAGAGACAGGCAGGAGAGACGAGAGAGACGAAGACAUAGAGACCCUAGAGAAGAUACUUUGACGCCAUUAGAAAAAUUCGUGGAUGCCACCGCCUCAGCGUCUGGGUCACCAUCACCUCCUCUACCCGAAUUCGACAGAGAUUCCCCCGUUGAUGUCUCAUCUACGUCAGAGGCUGGUUCCAUGAGCGGAGGUCCUGGGGGCUCCAGGGCUCUCUCCCCUACCCCAAGAAACCCCUUGCUCGCCGAACGAUGGUCCAGCGAAGAAAUGAAACACAUACAAUGUCAUUUAGAAACGAAGGAACUUUGGGAUAAAUUCAACGAAUUGGGAACAGAGAUGAUCAUUACAAAGACAGGAAGGUGA